AUGGCCCCGGGCAGGCCGCAGCUGCUCCGGCAGCGCUUCCGCGAGUGCACGCUGGCGAUGCCGACCUGGUUCUGUUCCCGCGCCGUGUUCGACCGCGUCGGCGGCUUCGUCGAGACCGGCCCUGGCGCGCCGGAGGACAUGGACUUCUUCUACAGGCACCUGCGGGCCGGAGGCACGCUGGCGAGGGUGCCGGAGCCGCUCCCCGAAGCCUUGCCAGACCAGCAGAGCCGCGGAGUGAGCGCGGAGGCCAUCUGGUCACUGCGCGUCGCGGAGCUGCAGGGCAGCCUGCUGGACGGGCUGCCCAGCUUCUCCAUCUGGAGCGCCGGCCGAGACGGCAAGCGCCUCUACCGCAGCCUCUCGACGGCCAACCAGGACUCGACACAGUCCAGGGUUGUUGCUUUUCUGGACGUGGACGCGGGCAAGCUCGCCGCAGGGCUCUAUUACAACCGCGAGCGGAAGCUGCACGUCCCCAUCGUGGAGUGGAGGUUUGCCUCCGACGCCCGGUACCAGCCUGCAGUCAUAUGCGUGAAGCUGGGAUUGCACGACGGCUUCGAGGAGAACUUGGCGUCACUGCAGUUGCGCGAGGGCGAGCAGUACUGGCACUUCUGCUGA